UGGGUUCAUAAUUGUAUUGAAUAAAGAAAUUAUUUUGUAAUAACAUUAAAGAUCUGUAACGUAACAUGGUAGGAAAGUACAAGGUUAUUUUCUAAAUUAUUUUGCAGUUAAUUGUUCGUCAACUUGCAUUGAUGUAAGUAGCUGUUUCCGACGAUUUUCGGGAUGAUGAGCCAGAUAUUUAAAUAUAGGUUAAUCUAGCGUGAGAUUUACUGAUAAAAUAUUUAAGCGUCGUUUUUACAUAUACAAAGCGUAACAUAGCGUAUUCAUAAAAAGGAAAAGGAUAUUAUAAGAUUUUUUCUGGAAUAAACUGGGAGGUUAGGACCGAUUUCCUUGAUACAUCAAAAUACUGAUAAGUCCAAUUGUAUUAAAUGGCUAACAUAAGGAGGGAACGCCAGUGCAUAGUGGAGGUAUUUCAGCAUCAGACACGAAGAGACUUUCAUAUAAGCAGCUUCAUUGAAAAACUGAAAAAACACGGUUUAAUAAAUAAACGGCAAUACAAUAAUUUACAUAGCACACAUGACGAUUCUGGGUAUGUACAAAUUAUCGAGCUUCUAUGCAAUUUGUUGCCCAUUCUGUCGUAUGACAAUAUGUGUUUUCUAAUUGAAGAAGAGGGGUAUACUGAUAUCGCCUCUAAUCUAAGAACAAAAAGGUUUACAAUUCGUUACCGGAGACUCCCACAAAUAGAAAUGCCUCAUUCCAAACGGACUCAUGAUUACUACCAACGUAUUAAAAGCUGCAUAGAUAAUAAUUCGUUUUGGGGUGAUAAUAGAGAAAUAUUAAUGCAAUUCAUGCACAAACAAGAUGAAAAAAUCAUGAUGAAUAGUGAUGAAAUAUCGAACCAUGAUCGACAGUUUGCCAUUGAGCGAAAAGCAGCAGCUACAGUUUUACUAAUUCAGCAAUACAAGGACGUUGAAGAACGCAAACGAAUAUUGCAUCAAGCAAUAGGUACAGAAACGAACGGGGUUGAUAAUACAUCAUUGCAAAUUGUUUUCCAUUCAAAAAUGGCAAUAACAGAAGUUGAAGCAGGUAAUAUUCGGAAAGCUGAAGAGCAUAUCGUUAAAACAAAAGAGUUCUGUUUAAUGUAUAUGCCUUGUUUUGCGGUAACAUCCGCGUUCCAUGACAUUGAGUAUACAUAUAAAUGUCUUUACUUUAAAAACCCAUCUGAUGAAAUGUUGGAAAAGAUUCUCGUUGAAGGUGAUAUAGCUGUUCAAAGUUUGAAUGAAGAAAGUGAAGACGUGCAAAACCUCUGGAGAAGAAUAAUGCUAUUGUUUAUGGUUUUAUCAUUGCUAUUCAUAACGUCAGAUUUCGUGGUUUGCGACAUAACGAAGAUCAAAACAAUUCGUAAGAAACGCGCAAAGAAAAUUCUGAAAGAGAUCAAACGCUGCAGUCAUGAAAUCCAGAUUCGGCGGCAAAUGACAUUGGUCAUAAGAAAAUAA